AUGGACGAAGCGGCGGCAAACGGUCAUUUGGAGGUCGUCACGUUUUUGCAUGUGCAUCGACACGAGGCUUGUACCGAGGAAGCCAUGGACGACGCUGCGACCCACGGGCACCUCAACGUCGUCCAGUUCCUGCACGAGAACCGAACCGAAGGCUGCACUAUGGAGGCGCUCGAUGGCGCCAUCGGCAAUGGCUACCUCGGUGUCGUCGAGUACCUCUACGGUCUCGGACAGCUCGACUGCACUGCGGAUGCCGUCGACAGAGCGGCAUCACGGGGCCACUUGGAGGUCCUCAAGUUUGUCUUGUCCAACCGAAUGGACGCCGGCACCCGCGAUCUCUUCGUGCAGUAUGCGCUCGAGGGAGGACAUGUGCGCACGGCCGAGUACCUUCUCUCGCUCGGGUACCCGUUUCCGACAUUUGAGAUUGAGUUUGAGGACGACGUCUUUUGCAAGCCCGAGAUCCUCGGUGUGUUUCGCCUCCUCGACACCCAUGGCGAUAUCUGGGAUGACGCUUGGAUGGAGCAAGCCUGCGCUGCCAACAACGUGCCGUUGGUGCAGGUGCUUCUAAAGCACGCCAACGGUCGGUGUGGACCCGACGCAUUGGAAGCGGCCGUCUCCAACAAGGCAUGGGACGUCGUGCGCUUUCUCUUGGCGAAUGAGACGGACAACAUCUCGAUGAAUGCGCUGCAGACACUACUCCAGCGCGGCAAUCUCGACAUCGCGGUGCACAUUUUGCAGCGGCACCCUGAGCUCCGACACGAGAAGCUUCUCCAAGCCGCUUCUGCCGGGCACAACACGGCAGCGACCCGAUUUCUCCUCGCUUCCGGCAUUGGCAAGCCGCGCGAGUGCCUCUUUGAGAUCGCAGGUCGCCCCAAGCACGUCACGGAGAGCAAGCUCUUGCUGCCGUACUGCAUGGAAGUGACCAAGCAUCUCGACAACGUCCUCUAUCGUCUGAAGCUCUACAAGAUACCGGGCCGCCGCCGCAAGACGACGCUCCAAUUGAUCACACAAGAGCUCACAUACCAAGCACGGAAAUUGAGCCAAACGAUCACGAUGGCACCCAGCGUGGCGGUGCGUGCCGCCACUCUGCUGCAGUCGGGUGACGUUGUCGACUGGGCGCUGGCCCUCAUCAUUGGUCAUCUGCAUGCGACGGACGCAGCAGCAACGGUCAAGCAACUCGAGAAGAAGGCUUCUUUGGUCGAAGAUGCCGAGCUCAAGACGCAGCUCCAUCGGCUGCUCGCCAGCAAGCGCAAGCGCCAAGAGAGCUACUAG